CAAGUGGAACUUUGGAAAUCAAAGAAAAUUCAGUCAUUUCUUUAAUGAAACUCCCCUUCACCAAUCGUUCACUUGAAGAAAGAAAGAAGAUAAAGGAGCUCGGACCGGACCGACCCGACUUGAGAAUUCAGCAGCAGGCAAUUGAUCGAGGACGAGCUUACACUCGUACCUUUUCACGCUCUUGUUAUGACAAACGGACUUGGCUAACUGGAUGUGAUGUGGAUAAUGCUUUUUUUUGCUUUCCCUGUUUGCUAUUUCAAAGUGUCGGUACCGAAGUGUUGUGGAUAACGACCGGGGUACGAGACCUAAAACAUCUUUCAGAGAAAUGCAAGCGGCAUGAAUGUAGCCACAGUCAUCUAGACAAUAGCAUGAGGCUACAUUUUUUUGGCAGGCUUAGUAUUGCUGAACAGCUAGAUGAAGGCUACAGGAUUGGCAUUAGAAGGCACAAUGAAGAGGUGACCAAAAAUCGGCACAUCUUGUCCAGAAUAAUAGACUGUGUGAAAUUUUGUGGUGCAUUUGAAUUAGCUUUGCGUCUCCAUGAUGAGAGCGAGAGCUCCGAUAAGCCUGGGAUUUUCCAUGGCUUGGUGGAUUUUGUUGCCUCUCUUGAUGGAGUUUUAAAAGAGCACCUUGAAAACGCCACUGUAUUUAAGGGGACUUCAAAAACUAUACAGAAUGAGCUUUUGGACUGUAUGUUGUCUGUCGUGAGAGAACAAAUUAUCAAAGAAGCCCAGAGCAGUGACUUUUUAUCAAUCCAGGUAGAUGAGAUAAUGGAUAUUGCCACACAAUCUCAACUUGUGCUUGUCCUACGCUACAUCGAUAACAAAAACAACGUGCAGGAGAGAUUUUUUGAGGGCAUCUCAAUGCAGUCUGCUACUGCGGACUCCAUUGCUACAGCACUAAAAGAACGUCUUGCUGCCAUCCUCCCUGAGGAUCAUAAAAGUAGGCUCAUCUGUCAGGCAUAUGAUGGAGCCAGUGUGAUGAGGGGUGCCAAGGCAGGUGUCCAUAGGAAAAUACAAGAUGUGUACCCAAAUGCCCACUACAUUCACUGUUACGCACAUCAGCUUAAUCUGAUAAUGCAACAGGCCACUUCUCACAUAUCCAAAGUGAGAAUUUUUUUUUCAGACCUUAGUGGAUUUGCCAGCUUUUUUUCUAUAUCACCCAAGCGGACAGGCAUUCUUGAUAAAGUAGUGGCCCAUAGACUUCCGACAUCCAGCAACAUCACAUGGAACUUUCACAGCCGUGCCAUCAGUACCGUGUUUGAGCACAAAGAGGACCUCAUUCACUGUUUUGAGAGCAUACGAGACUCUGGUGACUUUGACCCCAAUACUGUAAGAGAAGCUGGGGCUUUUGCUAUGCUCCUGGAAGAUCCUGAUUUUAAUUUUUUUCUACAACUUUUUCACCACAUUAUGCCACAUGUGGACCACCUGUAUGCCAAGCUCCAGAAGAGGAACAUAGAUGCAGCACAUAUCCGCGAGUGCAUCCAGCAGUUCCAGCAGGAUAUGCAAAAUAUCAGAAAUUCUGUCCGUUCCAUGGUUGAGCAAAGCAGUGGCCCUCAGCCAAAAAAGAGGCGUCGGACACUUAGCUCAAAGGACCAUGAAAGGAUUGCAGUUGAGGUCUGUGAUACCAUACUGGGACACACCAGGGAACGCUUCUCUUUCACAAACCACCUCCUGAGUGCCACUUUGCUGCAGGGGGAGAGGUUUGAACAGUACAACAUGGCGUUUCCUGAAGAUGCCCUGAACACCACUGUGAAGGCCUACCCCAUGUUGAACAGAAGCAAGCUGAAGACGGAGCUUAGUCUUAUCUACAGCAAGCAAGAGUUCAAAGCCUGUCGUGGUGCUGUGGACCUAUUCCAGUUGUUUAUGGAGAGCAGUCUUGAAGAAGUCUUUUCUGAGACUGUCACUCUCCUGAAGCUCCUAAUAACCACACCAAUGACCACGUCAGAAGCCGACAGAUGCUUCUCAACCUUGAAAAGGAUCAAAACCUUUCUCAGAAACACCAUGACGCAUGAGAGGCUGAAUGAAUUGGCCAUGCUGUCAAUGGAAAAGAAACUGGUGACUGAAAUGACUCAGUUUAACCAAAGAGUAAUUGAGAAGUUUUCAAGCCUGAAGGAAAGGAGGGAAAAAUUUAUGUUCAAGUAG